CUUUACAAUCAUCUUAAUCUUCCUAUCUGGUCAACGAAUCUAAUUGGAGGAGAUGGGAGUUCUUCUCAACCGAUGGUGGUAGAACUUCUGGACAGCGGAAACCUAGUGCUCAAAAACACUAACAAAAAGGACUCUCAUAGCAUCUUGUGGCAGAGUUUUGAUUUUCCGACGGAUACUUUACUACCGGAGAUGACACUGGGAAUGAAUCCAAAAACUGGAGCCGACAUAUUCCUUCAAUCAUGGAUAAGUUCUGAUAAUCCUGCAAGUGGGGUAAGAAUUAUGGAAAUUGUAAAUCGAGGAGGUCUCUUUCAGAUUUUUGUAAAUUAUGUUGAGUAUGGAUUUAACGUGUAUGCGCAUCGAAGGGAUCCCUGGAAUGGAAUCCAGUUUGGUGACAUGCCACAGGUUUUUGAGUGGGAUAAGGUCAGUUUCACGUUCGUUAUGUCUUACGGACGAAACUACUCCAGACUGACAUUGACGCCGGGAGGAAAUUAUAAUCUAUAUAAAUGGGUUCAAGAAAAAAAGGAGUGGGAGCUGUCUUGGUCUACUGAAAGAGAUGUGUGCAGUGGAUACCCAUGUGGGUCCAAUGCUUACUGCUUAGAAAACAAAUCACUAUUGACGUGCCUUUGUAUUGAAGGCUUUAUUCCAUUGUCCACGCUACCUUGGGCCGCUGGAAACAAAUUCUCUUGUAGGAGAAAGACGAAGUUGAACUGCCGGGGAGAUGAAUUCUUAAUGCUUAAGAAUAUGAGGAUUCCAGAUACUACAGGCGUAACUGUGGAUAUGAAAAUCAAUUCUAAAGAAUGUUUGAGGAUGUGCCAAGGGGAUUGUUACUGUACAGCAUUUGCGUAUGUCGGUAUCGGCCAGCGCGGUUGUGUCAUUUGGACGAGAGAGCUCACCGACAUUAGAAACUACAGCGUAGGCGGUCAAGAUCUUUAUGUCCGACUUGCAAGUAAUGAAACGGGGGAUACUAAAGAAACAAGAUUGGAGGAGCGUUAUAUCACUUUGAUCAUAGUAGGAGGAAUCGCAGCGUUCAUCCUUGGCUGCUUCUGCCUCUGGAAGCGAAUGAAAAGAGGCUCAUCACACUCACAAGAACCAACUGAAACAGAGAUUAUGAUGACCGAAUUAUCACGAGAAGUUUUCUCUUUCAUUGCGCUCAGAACAGUUGCUGCUGCAACUGAUAACUUCUCUGUAUCCAACGAACUCGGCCGAGGUGGUUUUGGUGUUGUUUACAAGGGAAUCUUAGAUGAUGGCACCAUUGUUGCCGUGAAGAGAUUGUCAAGAACAUCAUUACAAGGGACAAUUGAAUUUAGGAACGAAGUAAGAACCGUUCUCAACGUUCUCCAUAUAAACUUAGUACGCCUGCUAUCAUGUUGUUGUGAAGGGACAGAGCGCAUAUUGGUCUAUGAAUAUAUGGAGAAUUUGAGUUUAAACCGCUUCCUAUUCCGUGGAGCUCUAAGCCGGUCGCUUAGUUGGGAACAGAAGUUCCGUAUCAUGGGUGAGAUUGCACAAGGGCUUUCGUAUCUCCACAACUCAAGAGACAGUCCUAUUCUACAUAGAGACUUGAAACCCAGCAACAUUUUGCUUGACAGUAAUAUGACCGCCAAGAUUUCAGAUUUUGGUAUGGCAAAAUUUUUAGAAAGCGGCCAGACAGAGGCACAGACCCAGCGUGUGGUUGGAUCAUAUGGCUACAUGUCCGAGGAAUACGCAGUAUCUAGAAUAAUGUCUGAUAAAUCUGAUCUUUUUAGCUUCGGAGUUGUUAUCCUAGAGAUUAUCAUGGAGAAGCAAAAUUUCAAGUUUUGCAACUCCUUUCCUGGCGAUAGCAUAAUCGACCUGGCAUGGCGAACAUGGAACGGAGGCAACUACCUCUCGCUAGUGAAUUCCCACUUGGAAGACGAUUCAUUAGUGGGCGAUGAAGUACUGAAAUGUCUACAGAUAGCUUUAUGCUGCCUCCAAGAUGAGGCGGGGAGCAGACCAAAUGCAGACUCCGUGGUGUUGAUGCUCAGAGGCAGGUCACCGGAUAUUCCACGACCAAUCAAGCCAAACUACUAUUAUUCAUUGAGACUCGCUAGGUUAGCUACCGCAGCGUCAUCGUCUUCUGUGUUGGUUGAAGAGACGGUAUCGACUGUGAUAAGUAGUUCUGAUGAAUCCGUUACAUUCAAUGAAUACACUGCAACUGUCAUUAACUCUCGCUAAGUGGUGUUUUCAUUAUUUAUUAAAUAUUGUUUUUCACUGCACUUAUGAUGAGCAAGAAAAUAUUGAUGUACCAGCUGGGUUGUAAAGGGCACUCAUAAUUCUGUGUCUUGCAAGAAACAAUGUUUACGUUU